CCAGCGCGCACAUGGCGCUGCGGAGCCGCCGGCGGAGACCGGCUCCAGCCGGUAUAUAAAGGGCUGGGAGCGAGCGCCGAGCAGCCGCCGCCGCGGGCAGCGGGGAGCAGCAGCGGCCGGAGGCCGGCGGGCAGCGGGGCCGCCUCCUCUCGCCGCCCCGGGUCGCCCAGCCCCGGCCAUGGGCAGCCCCUAGCCCCGCCGCAGCAGCCAGCGCCGCCCGAUCAAAAAUGACGGUCAAAGCUGUAAAAAUGCCGUGCACCGCUCCAAAUGUUUAUACUAAAGUGCCUGACGGAGGAUGGGGUUGGACAGUUGCUUUUGCUUUCUUCUUUGUGGAAGCUCUAACGUACGGCAUUAUAAAAUCGUUUGGUGUCUUCUUUAAUGACCUGAUGGAAAGCUUUGACGAAACCAACAGCAGGAUAUCCUGGAUAAUAUCCAUAUGUGUGUUUGUACAGACCUUCACAGCUCCGCUGUCGACGGUCCUCAGCAAUCGCUUCGGCCACCGCUUCGUGGUGAUGGCCGGAGGGGUGCUGAUCAGCACUGGCAUGGUCACCGCCUCCUUCGCCCGUACUGUUGUGGACAUGUAUGUCACCAUCGGCAUCAUCUCUGGCCUUGGAUACUGCCUCUCUUUCCUACCGACUGUCACCAUUUUAUCACAGUAUUUUGACAAAAGACGUUCGCUGGUCACAGCAGUGGCAUCUACAGGGGAAUGUUUUGCUGUCUUCUCCUUUGCACCAGCGAUUACUGCUCUGAAGGAGCAGAUUGGCUGGAGAUACAGCCUCCUUUCUGUGGGGGUGCUGCAGCUGAGCAUCGUCAUCUGCGGAUCGCUGCUGAGACCCAUUGUCAUCAAGGAGCAAGAAGAAGUGAAAGCACAGCCUCCAGAAGAGCCCGCGGAGACAAAGUACAUGCUUGAAAAUGAGCAAACACGCACCUCAAUAGAGUCCAUAGACUCAGGAGUAGAAAUAACUACCUCACCCAGCAAUGUGCCUGGAAAAACCAAAGCAGAGCCGAAAAGUGAAGAACCAAAGGAACACGUACAGAUCCUUGUUGAAAAUAACAGCACCCCACCAGAACCAAAAACCAAACUACUGGACUUUUCUGUGAUGAGAGACUAUAGCUUUAUCUGUUAUGCAUUCUUUGGCCUGUUCGCUACCCUGGGCUUCUUCGCUCCCUCCCUCUACAUCAUUCCCCUGAGCCUCAGCCUUGGCAUCGGCAAAGACCACUCUGCGUACAUACUGUCUGCCAUGGCCAUCGCAGAGGUCUUUGGAAGAAUUUCAGCUGGCUGGGUUCUCAACAAAAAGCCUAUCCGCAAGAUCUACAUCGAACUCAUCUGCGUUGUUCUGCUCUCUGUAGCGUUGUUUGCCUUCCCUUUUGCCUCUGAAUUCUGGGGCUUGAUGACAUGUAGCGUAUUUUUUGGGUUCAUGCUGGGAACGGUAGCGGGCACCCAUAUUCCCCUCCUGGCAGAAGACGACGUGGUUGGCAUCGCAAAGAUGUCUUCUGCGGCUGGAGUCUACGUCUUCAUUCAAAGCUUAGCUGGGUUGGCCGGACCACCCCUUGCAGGUGUCUUAGUGGAUACGACACAGAACUACAGCUCAGCCUUUUACUCCUGCGCUGCUGGCAUGGUCCUGGGUGCCGUGUUCCUGGCCCUGGUGAGACCCUGCAAGGCCGGGCUGUGCCAGCGCCAGCAGCAGCGCGCGGAGGAGAGCGCGCCCGAGGUCCUACCAGACCUCCCAGAUGACUUUAUUGAAAUGGAUAUCGGAAAAGCAGAAAAUUCAGGAAAAGGCUGUGACGGCGUGGCAUAAAAAAAAAAAGGCAAACCAACCUGCUCCUCCUCCAUCUAAUGUACUCGGCGUAAGACUGGGGAAAACAUCAGCUCUGCUCCACGUUUUAAAACUACAUUCUAAAGGGAAUGUGAAAUUUUAAAUGUGAACAGUUGCUACCAACAACUUUUUUUUUUAUUAUUAUUAGGAAGAACUUUUUUUAACCAACAACGGAAAGCUCCACAGAAAAUAUGGAUAGCCACAUAAGAAUAACUUCUGUCUAGCAUGAAGAUGUGAUGCGCACUCCUGCUUUCCUGAUAACAAACGUAGGUAAAGGUUCAGCUCAUCCCAGGAAAACUGAGAACAGCAACAGCAAGAGCAGCUCAGCCUCUGGCUGUCCUCACCCACCCCCUGCCGCAAAUUCCACGCAGUCAAGAAACCGGUGACACGAGCUGGAGACGAGCAUUUUGUACGCCACCAGUAGCCAACCGAAUCCUCUUCGGGAAGAGUAUGGACUCGCGUUUUCGAUGUGAGGAGGAGGCUAGGCUAGACAGCUGACUUAAACCAUUGCUAGUGUUCUUCUAAUUAACUUGAACAUCACAAAUGCUGGGAAAUCGGAGGCUCCGUAUGUCUUUAUGGCCAGUCAUUACUGCACGUAUUUCAUGAGAUCAUUUUUCUCCUCCCGACUGGUAUCCUCAUAACUGUUUUCUAUUGAUAGUCAGAUCUGACGUACUGUUUCUAAUUUAACUAGUAUUUAUUAAUUUAUUCUAAGAUUGUUAACGGAGGUUAGCUUAAAUAACAGGAGAGGAAAAACGAUCUUUUGCAUAACGGAAAGCUGUCUUUACAUCAAAUCCCUAUCUUGUAUUGCUAGCUUGUGAAAUUGUUGGGGAAACUUAAUCUUACAGCAUAGAGUGUAGCUGUUUUUAAUAGGUAGGUCUUAGGUAACCCAGUUUUUAUUUUAAAAGGAAAAAAAAAAUAAUAAACUACAGAUCCAGCAUCUCUUUCCAUAAGGCCUCAGCUGGUGUCAGCGGACCCAGCUCGGCUGCUGUAACCAGCCCACCCCACAGGGAGGAUUUGGCCCAGUAUGUCUUAAUGUACCCAAACCCUUCCCUUACUGGUGCACAAGAAACCUCUGCCGCAUCCCGGGGUGAGCGUGGAACCCCCACGUUACCCGGCCCCUGGGAGCCAUACCCCCUUUCCCGGCUCCCCCAAAGUCCGCAAAAGGCUUCUUUUAUUUUUUAUGUGUGUGUUUUUUUGUUGUGUGUGGUUUUUUUUUUUUAGCUGCUGACUUCAGUGAGCAAUGAUCUGGAGUCUGUGCACAGCCACGGCGUGAAGGGAGUGACAAAAGACACCACCCUCGCUCUUCGUUUAGUCUUAAUGGGAGAGAUCCCCACUCGCGGUGACACAAGCUUGCUCACCCCACCUAUAUGCAUCCUAACGCCUCUAGGCAACUCAGGGGGACAAAUACAACAAGUCUGUUUUGGUUUGGGGGCGGGGAAAAAAAAAACCAAACCCAAACCAACGUUUCUGUGUAUUUAAGUGGAAGUGGCAUCACGCAUUAACUGCUAACGCUGACCUGUCUGUAUUUUACCAGCCAUAGAAAUGUGGGACAAUCUUUUCAAAAAAACAAAACAAACAAACAACAAAAACCCAACAACCCUCUUUCUGGGAAGGUGCUUGAUUUGUUUUUUUCUGUCUUAGAUGUCCAAAAAAAAAAAAAAAAAGAUAGAAAACCAGGCACUCUUGCAACCAAGUGGCUAGAGCAAUUCAUCCUCACUGCCCGGGACCUGCGGUCUCGCGUCCUUCCUCUGCCUCAGCACUUUAUCACGGCCAGCAGAACCUCGCUGCGUUGCACCCAGGACUGGAAGACCCCUUACAGACAACUAGAGUUUUGUGAAAUCAGUGAGUAAAUGAACAAAUAACGAUGUUGCAUUAAGAUGUACUUCUUUUUUUUUAUUUAUUGUUAAUUUAUGAUACUUCAAGCAUUUUGGUAAAUGUUCUGUAGACUAUAAUUGUAAGAUUAUCGAAGUCUUUGUGAUACGAGACCUCACUACAGCACUUUGCUAUUACAACUCUGCUUGGAAGUGGAAUAAGGCCUCCAGGUUUUGCGUGUGUGUGGAAGCUCCCUGCUCUGCAGAUUUGCGAGGUUCUACUGUAAUUUAACUUUUUUUUUUUUAUACCACGAUUUCCAGUACAGAUCCAAUAAUACGUUUGUCACUGACCUCACAGUACGUUUCUGUUCCUGUCUGUGUCGCGGCACGAGCAGGGGAGCGAGUGCGAAUGUGUGUGUGCGGGAGCCCCAGAAGCAGGCUUUAAUGCGUUCAACGCGGGAUUUACUGAUUUGUUUGUAACGUACCUAGUGGACUCUGGAAAUACUCUAAAACACUGAGUUUUGCAAUAAACUUUUUUUUUGUUUUUUUUG